ACUUCAACCGAGGAAUAGCAAACGACAUGAUCAUGAAGAUGUUGAACAGUUACAGAUUCUGUGUGUUUUUGGAGAUGGUUUUCAUUCAGAAACACUUUAAAUACAAAUAGAUUUGUAUAAAGCCAGGAUGAACAUGCCGAUUCUUAACAGGGAGUAUAAUGAAGCCAUGAGAAACUUGUCAUCAGCAGAAGCAAAGGCUCUGGCACUUCCUCUAUGUACAGAGAUUGACAGCUAUCUAAGAGACAGUCCAUUAGCUGGCAAAUACAAAGAAUGCGCUGUCAGAGAAAUCAAAGCAACAGCGGGAUCUCCCAUCACAUGCAAGUGCUCAGGAGGACUAGUCUCCAGCAAAGGAAAGAGAGCGCAGGUUUUCUUUGACCUUGUGUUCAAUGGUCAGAUCACUAGGGAGGAGAUAGAGAAGAUACUGAGGGCACACUCUACCUAUGAGGACAAGGAUGGUCUGAGAUAUUUCAAGUUUAGGGACUUUAUUGUGGAUAUCAAUAAGAUCCUAAAUCCACCUGUACUCCCAACUCGGGGACCAGAUAUUGAAAUCAUAGAUGCAACACUGACCAAUUUAUCAGUGAGUGUUUAUAACCUGACGGACUGGACCAGUGACCUCUACCACAACACCUCCCUCGCCUUCAACUCCUACGCUGUCCCCUUCUGUAGAGAUCUCGAUAAAAUUUUUCGAUUAAGCCCUUUGAGGGAGAGAUAUUAUGACUGCCAAGUUAGAGCUUUUGGAAAAGAUCCAAGAACAGUUGUAGUGCAUUUAAGAUUCAAAGGAAAAGCUUACAACAACAUGAGGAGUGACAUUUUACAGAUAGUUAUAGACAAUGCUAAAAGAGUUAUUGACUCAGAGCAUAAGGAACUAAGAAUGAUAGGUAACCUUCUGAUUGAACCGCUGGGAGGCACCACGAUAGAUGUCCUGAAUAUAACACUGAAUCUGGGAGAAACAACUACCAUACAGCCGACCAAGACUGUACCCCCAUCCACAGGAGAACAAGUUGUGAUUGCAGACAUUACAGUUUAUUUAUACAAUUUAACUUACGACCCUCGACUGGAGGAUGGGAACUCUGCUCUGUUUAUCAGACAUGCUCAUGCAUUCUGUAAAGAUAUUGAGAAAAUAUACAUGUCAUCUUCACUAAAGCACUCCUUCAUUGACUGCAAAAUGUUUGAUUACAUGGCCCCGGAUCCUGGACAAUCCUACACAAAGGCCAAGUUCAAGCUGCGUUUCCGUCACCCCUCAGUCUUCUCCCCAGAGCACUUUAAGGGCCUGAUCCGGACCCGCACCCCCGAGUUCAUACAGACUGACCUCCAGGCUCUGACCAAACUGUACACGUACCUGGUGGGUCACGACCUUGUCAUUCUGGAUAAGACCGGUUUUGACGUGGUCUGGAGUACGGCAGUCACCAUCAUGCCGUCCACGCUGUUCCUGCCCUCCUCUCUACACAGCUCCCUGGACAUCAUCACCUCUAACGUGUUUGCAUCAACCCCGGGGCUCACGCUCUAUCCCUCCCACAUUCACGGAUCAUCUACUGUCUAUGUGCUCUAUGAUUCCACUUAUGCCAACAUUACUACAGGACUCUAUGACUUCCAGUAUACCUCAGAUCUUACAAACAGAAACUCGCCAAAGUUUGCAAGCUUGCAGGCUAAUUUCUGUGAUGAUCUUCGUCGCUAUGUGGAAAGGACAUCCAUUGGCAAGUUUUUACAGGACUGUAAAAUUGAUGAAUUUACGCAUUUCCCAUCCAAUGUGAAAUUCCAUCUCCUCUUUAACACACCAAUGGGUUCCUACGUGACAGAGAAUAUCACUCACAUACUGAAGGACAUGGCCCCUCAUCGUCUGAAGGACGGCUUUGAGUUGGUGGAUGUAGGGGACCUGAACUUGAUCUGGAAUCGGUACCACAUCGACAUGAGGGUCACAAACUACACCAUGCACACAGCCACUGAUAUCGCCCACACAGGAACCAUCGACUUCCCAGCCACCCAGGGACCAGGGAAAAUUAUGUAUUCUGCGACAGAAGUACGUUUUACCUGUGACUUGUACAAUCAGAGUAUCCCCAUCGAGUUCUCUGACAGGGCCCAUUACCUGUUCAAACAACAGCAGGAUCUCUUCUGCAAAGACGUCAAGAAGAGUUUUACAGACAGUGUUUUAGAUCCCCAUUUUCUUGAGUGUUACAUUAAGGACUUCAAAUAUGUCACCCCCAGGAAGGUACAGUUUGGCCUUUACUUUGCCCAUACCAUGACGAGUGGUCUACAGACCAAUGCUGUUAACACCCUAGAGUCGAAGUCUCAAAACAAGAAAAUCGGUGCCAAAACGUAUGUGGAUGUAGGAAAGCUGUUCUUGGAGAAAGGAAGCUGUACUAUUGAGAUGAAGCCUGCUAACUGGACCCACGAAAUGGAACACACCUACCACCCGAUCCACCCAUCCACCCCCACACUGCCUGUGGGGCCUUCAUUUGAAAUUGAUCACUGUAUGAGGUACCCCUGUCAACAUGGAGGCACCUGUCUGAAGUCAAUAUCUGGCUGGUACAUCUGUGUGUGUCCCCCAGGGUACUCUGGUCAGAACUGUGAAGUCAAUAUCAAUGAAUGCAACAUGAACAUGUGUAUGAAUGGUGGGACGUGUGUGGACACCAUAGGGAGCUACUACUGUAAAUGUGAUCAGGGCUGGGAAGGAGUCCAGUGUGAAAUCAAUAAAAAUGAGUGUGAUGUACAGAACAUCUGUCUGUACGGUGGUACCUGUGUUGACACCCCUGGCUCCUACUUUUGUAUGUGUGUAGAGGGCAGAACCGGCAAAAACUGUGAACAUGAUAUUAAUGAGUGUGUGCAGGAAAAUAUUUGUCAGAAUGGGGGCACCUGCUUUAACAGGCCUGGCUCCUUCUACUGCAGCUGUGCCCAGGGCUGGACAGGAACACUGUGCGAGACGGAUGUUGAUGAAUGUGUAAAUAAUGUUUGCCAACAUGGAGGCACCUGUCUGAACACUCCAGGGUCAUACCGAUGCCUCUGUCCCACAGGGUGGACUGGAAAGUACUGUGAAAGAGAUAUCCAUGAAUGUGUGGAGUAUGGUAACGUGUGUUCUAACGGGGGCACCUGCCGUAAUCUGAUGGGUGGAUACAUCUGUACCUGUCCCAUUGGAUGGACCGGUGAUAACUGCACUAUAGAUGUAAAAGAAUGUCAGAAUAAUCCCUGCAAGAAUUCGCUGGGAUGUAUUGAGCUGGAGGGAUCCUAUAAGUGUGAAUGUCCCCCGGGGUACACUGGGCAGAACUGUGAUAUCAACAUCAAUGAGUGUUUGACCAUGGACUUGCCCUGCACAGGGCACGGGGAGUGUAUAGACACCAUGGGCUCCUACCGCUGUAUCUGUAACCCGGGAUGGACCGGGAGCCACUGCGACCAGGACAUCCCCGAGUGUAGUCUCCUUAAGCCCUGUAAACACAACUCCACUUGUAUCGAGAUGCAGGGCGGCUACAGGUGUGAAUGCUUAUCUGGAUUCCAGGGGAAGCACUGCGAAGGAGAUGAGUUUGAGUGUGCCAGUAACCCCUGUUUGAAUGGAGCCACCUGUAUGGAGACAUUCGGGUCCUUCUACUGUAGCUGUCCCCAGGGCUGGACCGGUCCUCGCUGCAAUGAGGACCCAGAUGAAUGCCUUACUUCACCAUGUAAAAAUGGUGGAUCUUGUGUGAACACUAGGGGCAGUUACAGCUGUAUUUGUGUGGACGGAUGGUCAGGAAUGGACUGUACCAUUAUUGAUGACUGGUGUAUCAACAGUCCUUGCCUGAACGGUGGAGUCUGUGAGAUGAUGAACAAUGUUGGCCGAUUCACGUGUAAAUGUUUGCCAGGGUGGGAUGGAAGAGAAUGUGAAUCUGAUAUAGAUGAAUGUUUACACAGAUCUUGUUUGAAUAACGCUACCUGUUUGAACACACCUGGUUCGUUUGUCUGUCAGUGCAACACGGGAUGGGAGGGAAAUAUUUGUGAACGAGAUCAAAAUGAAUGCCUGAACUUCCCUUGUGAAAAUGACGGAACCUGUACUAAUACUCUAGGAUCUUACCUCUGUAAAUGUCCUAAAGGCUGGACAGGACCCAGAUGUAGAAUAGAUGUUGAUGAGUGUAUCAAUAGGCCUUGUGAAAAUGGAGGAACUUGUGUUAAUCUUCCUGGAAACUACGAAUGUAUUUGUCCAAGAGGAUUCUCAGGUCCACAUUGUGAAAAGGAACACAACGAAUGUCUGAACAACCCCUGUGAGAAUGGAGGGACAUGUUUCAACACACCCGGAUCCUACUACUGUAGCUGUAAGACUGGCUGGACAGGCACCAACUGUACUCAGGAUGUGGAUGAGUGUCUAUUUGAGAGGGCGGUGUGUAUGUUUGGAGGAGUAUGCACCAAUACUAUCGGGUCGUUUAAAUGUGUGUGUCCCCCAGGUCGAUCUGGACCCACCUGUGUCAUAGACAUUGAUGAGUGUUUGUUGGCCAACCCUUGCGGUAAUGGAGCCCAGUGUAUUAACACGGACGGUUCCUACAAAUGUCUGUGUACUCCCGGAUGGACAGGGAUCAACUGUACUGAUGAUGACAAUGAGUGUAAGGGAUAUCCAUGUCGAAACAAGGGCACUUGUGUGAACACAGUCGGAUCCUUCAAGUGCACAUGUCCUCCCCAAUGGACUGGUCCUAUCUGUGACUUUGAUGUGAAUGAGUGUCUGAACCUAACCAUCUGUCAUAACGGUGGAGAAUGCAUCAACAAAGUCGGUUCUUAUGCCUGCUCUUGUAAAGAAGGAUGGACUGGCCAACAUUGUCACAUAGAUUAUAAUGAGUGUGCAAAGGACAGAAAUCCUUGCAUGAAUGGUGCCACAUGUGACAAUCGCAACGGAACCUUCAAUUGUAUCUGUCCAAAAGGAUGGAAAGGUGUUCAUUGUGAUAUUGACAUCAAUGAAUGUGAGACUUUGGUCAGCCCCUGUCAGUUUGGUGGAACUUGUAACAACAUUGAUGGCUCUUACUACUGCAUCUGUCCACCAUACAGGGGAGGUGACUACUGUGAAAUCAAUAUCCAAGAGUGUCUGACAAUGCCCUGUAUGAACAAUGGACGGUGUAUAGAUCUGGAGGAUGGCUUCCGCUGUGAGUGCUCUCAAGCCUACACUGGCGAGUACUGUCAGAACGACGCCAACGAGUGUGAGCUGUCCAAUCCGUGCCAGCAUGAGGGCACCUGUGUCAACACCCACGGCUCCUAUAGGUGUCGCUGUAAGGAGGGAUGGAAGGGACGCAACUGUGAAUUAGACAUCAACGAAUGCAUGGUAGCCAGCCCAUGUUUACAUGGAGGCAGUUGUUUCAAUACAAUGGGUUCAUUCAGGUGUACUUGCCCUCCUCAAUGGACAGGUGAAAGAUGUGAAACAGAUGUGGAUGAGUGUAUGGGCAGCUUCCCUCCAUGUCUCCAUGGGGGCACCUGUAUCAACAUCCAGGGGGGCUACACCUGUCAGUGCCCCAUUGGCUGGACCGGAAGGAACUGUGAAAUAGAUGUAAACGAGUGUAUCACGAUGAAGCCGUGUAGGAAUGGGGGCACCUGUCAGAACAUUGACGGCUCUUACCUGUGUCAGUGUAAGGAGGGCUGGACAGACCCUGACUGUACCACAGAUGUGGAUGAAUGUCUCCGGAAUCCCUGCAUGUACAAUGGUACCUGCCUGAACACCCGAGGAUCAUACAUGUGUACCUGUCCAAAGGAGCGGACUGGACAUAACUGCUUGGAUGAUGUAGAUGAGUGUGUACUGUUUUCUCCCUGCAAACAUGGGGGCACCUGUCUGAACAUCAAUGGAGGAUACACCUGUAUGUGUAAAGAUGGAUGGACUGGUGCAAACUGUGAAGUGGACAUUGAUGAGUGCCUGAGGAACCCUUGCUUCAACAAUGGAAGUUGUAUCAACUCGUACGGCUCAUACUACUGCAGAUGUCCAGUGGGAUGGACAGGACCCUAUUGUCUGGAUGAUUUCAAUGAGUGUCUGCAAUUCUCCUGUGCUAAUGGAGGUACUUGCAUUAACAUCCAGGGCUCGUACCAGUGUAGAUGUCCUGUGGGCUGGACCGGCCACAACUGUGAAAUAGAUGAAGAUGAAUGUAAGAGGAACCCUUGCUUGAAUGGAGCCACUUGUUACAAUACUGUGGGGUCAUUCUCUUGUGUCUGCCCUGAGGGAUUCCUGGGCCAUUUGUGUGAUAAUGACACCAAUGAAUGCCUGCAGUUUCCUGGAAUAUGUAGAAAUGGUGGUACCUGCUUCAACACUGAGGGGUCUUACAAGUGUGACUGUCCCCUGGGAUGGAGGGGCAAGAACUGUGGAAUAGAUAUCAACGAGUGUAUGGACAUUAAUCUGUGUUCAAACGGUGCAACUUGUAUCAACACUGAAGGCUCCUACAAAUGUAGAUGUCCUCCAGGAUUCGAGGGACCUCUCUGUAGCAAGGAUAUCAAUGAAUGUCUAAGUAACCCAUGUGUGAAUGGAGCUGAAUGCAUUAACACACCUGGAGGAUACACCUGUAAUUGUAAAGAAGGAUGGACAGGCCUGAACUGUGCCAAUGAUACGGAUGAGUGUUUGAAUUUCCCUUGUUUACAUGGCUCCAGUUGUAUCAACACCCCUGGAGGUUACGAAUGUCGCUGUAUUGAGGGAUGGAAGGGCCCAACCUGUGCCAUUGACAUCCUGUACUGUAUGGAUGUUAACUUUUGUUCGGGACACGGGGACUGCAUCAGUAUGCCGGGCUACGACCUCUGUGACUGUGAGCCGGGCUGGAAGGGACCACACUGUGCUGAGAAUAAGAAUGAGUGUGUAGAGAUGGUGGAUGUGUGUAAGAAUGGAGCCACCUGUCUGGAUUUCGCUGGGGGAUACAACUGUACCUGUCUACCAGGAUUCAAGGGAGAGCACUGUGAUAUCGAGCAGUCUUGUUUACACACGCCCUGCCUGAACAAUGGGCAGUGUAUCUCCAGGAACGGGAUUUAUUUCUGUAAAUGUACCGAUCUCUGGAAGGGAGAAUACUGUGACACUCCUGUGAAUAUUUGCACGGAGAAUCCUGAUAUCUGUCAGAAUGGAGGUACUUGUAAUUACCUGGGAGAGAACUAUGAAUGUAUUUGCCCACCUGGAUUCACUGGAAAACACUGCACAGAGAAUGUCAAUGAAUGUAAAGCAGAUAUCAACCCUUGCUUUAAUGGAGGCACCUGUUUUGAUCUAUAUGGAACCUACGAAUGUUUAUGUGCUAAAGGAUGGGGUGGACCCCAGUGUAACAAUGACACCAAUGAAUGUGACAGCAGUCCCUGCCUGAACAAUGGGAAGUGUAUCAACACAGAGGGGGGCUAUCUGUGUGAGUGUACCCCAGGAUGGACCGGCAACAGAUGUGAAAGAAACAAAAAUGAGUGUCUGAACUACCCAUGUCUUCAUGGUGGAUCCUGCAGGGACACAAUUGGAUCAUUUAGGUGCACAUGUACCCAGGGCUGGACUGGGGAGAUAUGUAAAGAUGAUGUGAAUGAAUGUCUCAGAAACCCUUGUAUUCAUGGUGGGGUAUGUAGGAACACCAAUGGCUCCUAUGUCUGUGAAUGCCCAGAGCAGUACACAGGCAAAAACUGUGAAUUAGACAUGGACGAAUGUCGCAUGAUCCAGUGUCAGAAUAAUGCCACUUGUCAGAACCUGGAUGGGUCGUAUCGAUGUGUGUGCAGAGAGGGAUUCGAAGGAAAAUAUUGUGAAAAAGAUAUUAAUGAGUGCCUGACUCUCUCUCCCUGCUUACACGGUGGUAAAUGCAUUAACUUGAUGGGUGGAUACAGGUGUGAGUGUCCGGAGGGAUGGAUCGGCAAAGACUGCAACAGGGACAAGGAUGAGUGCAUGUACUUCCCCUGUAAACACGGGGGUACCUGUGUCAACAACGACGGCUCCUACCGGUGUAUAUGUCCCCCAGGAUUCACUGGACCUACCUGUGAUUUAGAUCGAAAUGAAUGUGAACAGAAUCCAUGUCAGAACAACGGAACUUGUAGAAACACACACGGUUCUUACUACUGUGAAUGUAGCUAUGGAUGGCAGGGCCCCUUAUGUUCUGAUGAUGUGGAUGAGUGUAACCUGAAUCCUUGUCUGUAUGGGGGUACCUGUAUCAACACACCCGGCUCAUAUGUUUGUCAGUGCAAACCAGGACGAAUGGGCAAAGACUGCAGAAAUGACACAAAUGAAUGUGAAAGAAAUCCAUGCCAAAAUGGAGGAACAUGUAUAAACACAGAUGGAUCCUACAGCUGCAAGUGUACUCAGUACUGGCAGGGAGAAAACUGUCAGAUAGAUGUGAAUGAGUGUGCCCUGGCGUACAGCGUCUGUGAGCACGGGGGUCAGUGCAUUAAUCUGGCUGGAAACUUCACCUGUAAUUGUCCAGCGGGAUGGACCGGCCAUGGCUGUCGUAUAGAUGUGAACGAGUGUCUGUUGAACCCGUGUAUGAACAAUGGUACCUGUAUUAACACGGACGGUUCGUUUAUCUGUCGCUGUCCGCCUGGAUGGACAGGACCAACCUGUAGUGAAGAUGUCAAUGAGUGUCCCAUGUUCCUCUGCAAAAACGGGGCUUCCUGUCAGAACACCCUGGGCAGCUUUGUGUGUCAAUGUCUGCUGGGCUGGGAGGGACCGCUUUGUGAUAUAGAUAUCAACGAGUGCCUGAUGAACCCUUGUCUCCAUGGAGGUCGCUGUAUUAACAGCCCGGGCUCCUUCUCCUGUCAGUGUCCGGAGGGCUGGAUGGGACCACUCUGUGAUAUCGAUUUUAAUGAAUGCAUGCAGUUGCCUUGUCGAAAUGGAGGUACCUGUAAAAAUCUGGAUGGAAGUUUUGAAUGCAUCUGUCCAGAGGGGUAUACUGGAACCCUCUGUACAGGAGACAUCAAUGAGUGUUUGUCCAACCCAUGUCAACACGGAGCAAGGUGUAUAGACACCCCAGGGUCAUUCCAGUGUAUUUGUCCACCCCAGUGGGAAGGCACCCUCUGUGACAAAGACAAGAAUGAGUGCUUGAACCCCAAUGCCUGUCUGAAUGGAGGAACAUGUAUUAACAUUAAUGGUGGAUAUCAAUGUAAAUGUCCCCCAGGAUUUACUGGAGAAUACUGCACAAUGGAUAUCAACGAGUGUAUAGAGUUUGUGGGCAUCUGUCAGAACGGUGGCUUCUGUAUCAACACCCUCGGUGGCUACACAUGUCGCUGCACAGAGCAGUGGGAGGGGGCCAACUGUACCAUUGAUGUGGACGAGUGUAAGAUGCAGGUCUGUAAGAAUGGUGCUACCUGUGUCAACACACCUGGAGGAUUUACCUGCACGUGCCCACCUGGCUGGCAAGGGAAUAUGUGCGAACAAGAUAAGAAUGAGUGUUUGAAUUCGACCCUGUGUCAGAACAAUGCGCUGUGUAUCAAUACUCAGGGCUCCUUCACUUGUCAAUGUCAGGUCGGAUGGGAGGGGAAAUACUGUCACAUAGACAUCAAUGAGUGUUUGGUAAACAAUCCCUGCCUGAAUGAUGCUAUUUGUGAGAAUACCCCUGGCUCCUACAUCUGUAGAUGUAAACCUGGCUUUGAGGGAAACCUCUGUCAAUAUAAUCAUGAUGAGUGUAAGAGUAACCCCUGUAAGUUUGGGGGCACCUGUAUUGAUACGGUGGGGUCCUACAUCUGUCAAUGUCCCCCUGGGCGGUCAGGCAGGAACUGUGAUAACGACACUGAUGAAUGUCUGAACAACCCGUGUCUGAAUGGAGCCACCUGUGAGAACCUGGUAGGAAGCUUUAAGUGCACAUGUCCUCCCGGAUUCACAGGGGAGAGGUGUGAGAGCAACAUCAAUGAAUGUGUUCUGUAUCGACCCUGUAAGAACGGGGCCACGUGUUACGACAGUUUUGGGUCUUACUCCUGUAGCUGUGCCCCGGGAUGGACGGGCAAAGACUGUGAUACAGAAAUCAACGAGUGUCUGGUUAUUCGGCCCUGUCAGAACGGAGCGGAGUGUGUCAAUACUCCGGGCUCUUAUAAAUGUAUCUGUCCACCCGGCUGGACCGGAACCAACUGUGAAAUUGACAUCAAUGAGUGUUAUGACCGACCUUGUAAGAAUGGGGCCCAGUGCAUCAACAAUCAGGGAUCCUUCACCUGUAUCUGUCCUCCAGACUUCACUGGCCCUCUGUGUGAGACUGCUGUAAUAACUGGAUUCAAAUUCCGAUCCAUUGCUAGAAACUUGACCUUCACCCCAGGUUUGCUGGACAACAGAACCUAUGAGUUCAGGUCUCAUGCUGAUUUGUUCUGUGCUGAUAUUGACAAAAUUGUCAGAAGGUACCCCAAUGCCUUUGCUGAUUACAAAGAAUGCAGAGUGGUGGCUUUUGAAGACAACCCAACUGCAUUGUUCUGGGAACUGGUCUUCACUGGUGAUCAGCCCUCACUCACAGAGAAGCAGAUUCUGGACAUAGUGUACAAGGACCUUCCCCAUUACUACUACAAGGACUCGGAGGGGGUGGUCAUCGGUGACAUCUUCAUCCACAUCAAUGACUAUGCCACGACCAAGCUGCCACUGGACUUGCAGAUCUUGAACCUGACCUGGUCAGAUGAACUGCUGAAUCCCAACUCCUUCCUGUUUCAACAGUACUCCGCAGACUUAUGUAGAGAUUUGGAGAGGAUUGCCCAAACCUCAGGAAUUGACCUUCCAAAAAUAGUAGGAUGUGAAGUAAAACAAUACGGGAAUAACCCUGCCAGGGUGUACUUUGACCUGACCUUUGAGGGAACCCACUUCACUCCGGCCUUACAACAGAAGUUCUUCCAGCUGAUGAAGGAACAGCCCCUCCAGAGGUACAAGAACUUCCUGGGCUACCUGCUGGGCCAGUUCCUGAUAUUCUCUGAGUAUUACACAGACUACACCACUGUACCGUUGACCUUCCGCGUCCUCAAUCUGACCUACACCAGCGAUCUGAUGGACAAGAACUCAGCCAGAUACAGACAACAUGCCCGCCUCUUCUGUGAAGAUAUUGACCAGUUAAUGAGGUCACACAAAAGGAUUCUCCCUACCUACGAAGGAUGUGAAGUUGUCCAGUUUGGCAACAAUCCUACCACCAUAUCAAUAGACCUGCAGUUUGGAGGCCUGGUAAACAUAGGAGAGUACAAGGACAUCGUGGCUGGCAUUAUAUUUGAGGACGCCCCGCGGUUUAGGUACAUGAACAACCUGGGACACCUGGUGGGAGAUCUGCUGGUGUUCUAUGACAGCUGGGAGUACAUACUGCACGAUGCCUGGCUAUCCAACAUGACUUACUUCAUUCAUGAGUUCUCUUACAAUCCACAAUAUGGGGAUCCCAACUCUGUUCUUUACAAGGACUUUGAAAAUCUGUUCUGUGGUGAUAUUGAUAAUUUCUUCAAAAAUAGCAAGCUUUCAGAUAGAUACUAUAGAUGUUUCUUUACAAAGAUAGGAGACACACCUGUGCACACCUUGACCUUCAAUGUGAUAUUCAAUGGGACAGAGGAAGUUCAGAUGGGCCUGAUCCAGGACACCAUCAGUAAGCAGGCGGACCACUUCAACGUGGAGAACAAGGACAUGAUGUUCAUCGGCCAGCAGCUGGUGUACCUGGGAGGGGGGAUGGAGAACUUCCCCAUCAACAUCUCUGACUACCUGAUCCAGAACUUUGUCCAAACCACAGAGAGUCCAGUGAAUACAAUCAUCAAUGCCUCCUUCGUACUGCUGAAUCUGACCUGGACUCCAGACCUGGCUAAUCCCCAGUCAGCCGCCUUUAAGGCCAUCGCAGAUCCUUUCUGUCAAUAUCUGACAAACCUGUACAUAGGAAGAGAUAGAUUCAGAGAUAUUUAUGAAAAAUGUGAAGUGGCAUCUAUCACGACAGAUGGAUCAAGAGAGAAAAUCAAUUUUGUGCUGCAGUUUAAGGGACAACAAGACGAGACAUUGCAGGAAUACAUCUUUGGUAUUCUGAUUGAGAUCGCACCACGAACCACAGUGAAUGGUCAGAUCUCCAUUGUGGUGGGUCCCCUGGCGGUGUAUGAACAGUCCCUGGCCAUAGAACAGGCCACCGUAGCUGUGGUCACCACGGCCCUUCCCAUCGGCAAUAUGGGGGCAGGUGUGACCUCUGUCAGGCCCGACAAAAACAAAGGCAUAGAACUAUUCCCUGGAAUCUUUGUGGAUUUCUCAGCCUUCCUACCAACCAGUCCAUUAACGCCAACAACUACCCCAAUGACCACCACCACCAGCCCCUCCCCCACAACACAGGACCCCACGGACCCCUGUAAACCAAACAGGCAUAACGAGUACCUCCCUGUCCCCGGGGAUUGUCGGUCAUUCUAUGUCUGCUCCUUUGGCACGACCUAUAAAUUUCAGUGUGCUGGAAAUACUGUGUUUUCCUGGACCAGGCGUAUCUGUGAUAAUAACGAUGGAUCUGUUGCUUGUGUGUCUUAGUGCUGAGAGAGAGAGAGAGAGAGAGAGAGAGAGAGAGAGAGAGAGAGAGAGAGAGAGUUUGAGAGUUUAUUUAGAUAUUGCUGUAAGUGUUAUGUACUUAUUCAAUUUGAAUACCAAGACAUAUUCUUCUCUGAUCAUUGAAUUUGUCUCUAAAAUAUUGCCAAUUCUUGCACAGAUUGUAGAAAUUGAUUUGAAAAAUAAAAUUGUACAUGAAAUGUAUU